CUGCAGCGCUCACUACAAAUUAUUGCCAGCAAAACAAGUGCGCGAUGUAGGCCAAUCUCGGUUGUCAGGUCUGCGAAAAAACUAAUUACUUCGUGUCGCUCAUCCUCGCAAUCAUUCUCUGGAUUACGAAUUAUCAUGCGUCCAUCCUUGUAACGUCUGCCAGCUAUCGUUGUUCAAGUUUUUCAGUUUUCGGUGAGGAAUCUCCGUCCGUCAGCCAACGUCAGUGGACCGUUACCCGUUCUCUCUACCUGUUACAUUUGGCGUAGGAGUCGACGAUUGACGAAAUUGAUCGAUCGUGUAGGAAUCAUUUGUCUCCUCUCUCCCUGAUAAUCUGCCAGCAUCCGUGUUUGACGGCGUUUCCGUUGAUGAAUGACGGGGGUGGUUGUCGCAUGACUGUCCUGGUGGGAUGAGUAUGAGCACGGAGAGUCCCGUCGUCGUCAGCAGCACUAGCAACCGUCUGGCGGCCCUCCGCUCCAGCUUCGAGCCCCCCUCGACCAAGCCCCCCUCUGCCAUGAGCGCCGCCGUCUCCAGCGCCGCCGCCCCCGCCUGGCCCGCCGCGCCGGCCCUCCCCAAGAAGCCCACGCGCGACUCCGUGCCCAAGAUGGCCAGCAUCUUCCUGGCCCAACAGCAGCACCACCACCCCGCGCUGCCCAGUAAGAGCGGCACGGCCUCCAUCUCCAGCAGCCGCAGCAGCGUCGACGACCCGCACGACACCGGCGCGUCCCCCGUCAAGAAGAGCCAGCUGGUGCGCAUGGCCCAGGAGAAUCUGACCCGCAGCGCCGCGCCCCCCGAACGCGCCAGCCUCCCCACUCCCCACCACAACGGGCACGCCGCGGCGGCGGAGGCGCCGCGCAAGGAGGACCGCCGCCGCUCCUUCCCCGUGGCGGCCGCCGGGCUGCACACCGGGGUGGAGGAUCAUGUCCUGCGCUUCCAGCACGCCAAGGAGUUCUUCCUGCGCAAGGAAGAGGCCAGCAAAGUCACCGGGGGCGGAUCGGCUGCAGUGCGUGGCCGCAGUAGCGGGCGCGCCGCCAGUCCUUCCUCGCUGUGGGAGAACGGGAAACCGGGCAGUCCGGAGAUGGGCAGUGCGGCGCCGGGCCGUCUGUCCCCGCACGACCUGCGGCUGGCCUCCUCGCGCUCGCGCAGCGCCGCGUCCGGCGACUUCCAGCGCGGUGAUGCGCGGCAGCGCUCCUCCUCGGAAUCUCGCCUGAUGAUCAAGCAGCAGCUCAGCCCCGACCACGUCCGCCCCGAUCUCCUGCCCAAACGCGAGCCGGAGUACGAGAAGAAGAGCCCCGACGGCGACGGCGACGGGCAGGAGCCCUCCUCGCGUUCCAUGGAUAAAGAGACGGCCCAUCCGCAGCCGCUGGUUAAUGGCUCGCCUUUCCGCACCACCACUGCUUCCAAAAUACACGAUGUCGUGUCUUCCCUGAACGCGCAUCAGUCUUCGGCGACGCCAGUUGCCGCCACGCGCUCGCACGUGGACGAAACCAUUCACUCACCAGUGCAUCACAAACCCGCAGCCGAUUCCGUCGUCUCCAGUCGGGCCGCCUUCUUCUCCAAACCCUCCGAAUCCAGUGCGGUGCCGCGCCGGGACACGGCCUCCCCCGAGCGCUUCGUCAUCACCUCGCGCUUCACCGAGCCGACACCGGAGAAGCCUGUCGAAGCGCCCACGCAGGUGCGGGAGAGCGUUGUGACAGAUGAUCCCGCCGAGGACGAGUACUUCGACCCGGCCGCGCCGCCCCUGCCCUCCUCCAUGUCCCCGCCGCCGCCGCUGCCCGUCAAACCGGCCGGCCUGUCCAGUGCCUUCGCGUCGCCCUCGAAGGAGUCGCCCGUCCGUCCCAGCGCCGCCGCGGAGCCGAAGGUGCUGCCGGUCAGCGAGGAGGACAUGGAGCUGAUGACGGAGGAGGAGCAGCGCAUCUUCCUGCGCGGUUCCACCGACGGUGUCGUCUUCAAGCUUGAUGAGUCCACCACCGAGCCCGAGACAAACGACACAGAGGUAUCUUUUGAGCCGUCCGGGAGAGUGAACGACCGACCUGAUUACAUUGAAGAAAAUCACAGCGAGGAGGAGGAUUCCGACGAGGAGUCCACGGACGAAGUGGACGAGGAGGAGGAGCCGACGGCGCCGCCCCGCCGCAAGGGCCGCCGCACCGGCGUCGGUCUACUGAUGCCGCCGGUCCUCCUGCCGGCCGAGAAGAUCCCCGGCAACGUCUUCGACAUGUAUCCCUUAAACGUGCUGGAGGAUGGGCAUUACUUCGUGGAGGCGCCGAUGGCCGUCCGCGACACGGACGAGGACUACCCGGAGCACCUGCUGACGGACCUCACCCCGCGCCCCGUCAAAGUGCGCUUCAACGCCGGGCGCGUGCUGGUGUUCAGCACGCACUCCAGCCACGAGUACGACCGCAGCAACCCCGACGUGGACCCGGUGGCCGCCUCGGCCGAGUACGAGCUGGAGAAGCGCAUCGAGAAGAUGGACGUCUUCCCCGUGGAGAUGUUCAAGGAGCCCGGCGGCGGCCUCGGGCUGAGCAUCAUCGGGAUGGGCGUGGGCGCCGACGCGGGACUGGAGAAGCUGGGCAUCUUCGUCAAGAGCGUCAGCGGCCUGGCCGAGGCGGAUGGAAGGAUCAAGGUCAACGACCAGAUCAUCGAGGUGGACGGCAAGAGCCUCGUCGGCGUCACGCAGGUCUACGCCGCCCAGGUCCUCCGCGCCACCCAGGGCCUGGUGCGUUUCGUCAUCGGCCGGGAAAAAGCCAACGAGCAGAGCGAGGUGGCGUCGCUAAUCGAGCAGUCGCGGGCCCGCGACAAGGAGCGUCAGGCGGAAGCCGAGGCCUUAGCGGAUCUGCGCAAUUUUCACCAGCAGCAGCAGCAGCACGCGGACGAGGUGCACAGUUUCGCCGCCGAGGGCGACGAGCCGGUCUUCGAGGAGGACUACGAGCCGCACACGCCCUCGGCGGACCUGGAGCACGACCUGGUGUACCCCGGCCAGCACCAGCAGCAGGCCGAGUUCGCCGCGCGUCUGUCGGCGGCGCAGGACGGCCGCGGCCUGUCGCCGGUGGCCUUCGACGUGGACAGUCUGCAGCUGCGCCUGGCCGAGGCGCAGCAGAAGAGCGCCACCGCCGAGACCGAGGUCAACCGCCUGCGCGCGCACCUCCAGGAGAUGGAAUCACGCGCCCACCGCUCCGAGGAUCUCGAACGCGAGCUGCAGCUGCACCGCGAGCAGCUGCGCGCCGCCGAGGAGAACCAGCGCAACGCGCAGCAGAGCGUCACCGAUCUGCAGGCCGCGCUGAUAGAAACACAGUCGCGCUACGCCAUGCUGGAGCGCAAGUACAACAAGGCCAAACGGUUAAUCAAGGACUUCCAGUCGCAGCUGGAGCAGCGCGACAUCAAGUACACGAGCAUCAUCGCCAACCUGCAGGAGCACAUCAGCAGUCUGCAGUCGCAGCUGGGCGAGCACGGCCCCCUUCCCACCGCCGCCCACAGCGCCGGCGAUCCCCUGUCGCCACUGACCAAGUUCCUGCUGGAACGCAACAACUCCCAGGACCUGUCGCUGGACAUCUCCGUCUCCGAGAACGAAAUCGACGACGCCGACGGAUCGCUGCAUUCCUUCCUCACACAGGCUCCUUCCGACUUGAGCGGUGUGGGCGAGGAUUCCUUCUUCCGCAACAUGCCGGGCGACACGCAGCUGCUGGACAACACGGCGGCGCGCAGCAAAGCGGAGCUGGUGGCGCGCGGCUCGCUGGCCAGUCGUCAGCCGCCCACGCCCAAACGCCACUCCCUUGAGAAGGACUCGCUGUCCUCGCCAACAGGGCCGGCCAAGACGCCGCCGCGGCCCAGUCUCCCGCCGCCGGCGGUCCCCGCGCGACCCCCCGUCCUCCUGCCCAUGCACACGCCGCCCGCCGGCAACGGUCACCGCCACGGGACACUGGAACGUCCCUCGCCAUUAUCGGGCGGGAAUUCGCCGGCUGCCAAAGGCGACAACAUGGACACCUUCGAGACGAUCGCCGUGCCGCUGGACAGCCAGACGCCCGUCGGCAAGUUCAGCCCGCUGAAGAACUUCCAUUUAGCCACGCACGCCUCGCUCCCGCGUUCGGCGUCGCGCACGGCCUCUUUAUCGCGCAGCGAGCGCUCCCCCUCCGACGCCAGCUCCAUCCUGCCGCAGUCGCCCUCCUCCGUCUCGGUGGGCUCGGCGUCCAGCGGCAGCAAGCAGUCGACACCCGAGAAACCGCCGUCCGGGGCGGCGGACGCCGUGUACUGGACCAGUCACCACGUGCAGCAGUGGAUGCUCAGCUUCAAGCUGCAGCAGCACAUGGCCAGCUUCGCCUUGAACAACGUCGACGGGGCGAAGCUGCUGACGCUGGACGGGAAGGCGCUGAAGGCCCUGGGCGUGGCCAGUGAGGCGGAGCGGACGUUUAUGAAGAAGAAGAUUCGGGAGUUGCGCGGCGUGAUGGUGCGCGAGGAGAAGAACCGGCAGCGGAAAGAUAAGCAGCUGGCCAAGAAGGACAAGGAGAAGACCGCCUUCCUGCACCUCAACAGUCCGCGCAAGACCUCCUUAUCCGACGCUUAGACGGGGGAUUAUUCUGGAAAUAUUUGGGAAUUUUUCGGAAUUAAAUCGGAAUUUAUUUGGAAUUAAUCAGAAUUAAAUCGAAAUUAAUCUGCACGGAGUUCCGGCGUUUCGGCCUUCCUCCUAUUGUGGUCUUAUUGUUUAUUGGUGGGGCAGGUUUUUUUACAGGGUUUGGCGGCCGGGGGCGGAUGCCCAGGAGACUGCGUUUUUGUGUCUGUCUUUUCCGGAGAAAUGUGUCUGCCUUAUAACCUUACUGGUUAAUUAAUCGUGAUGGCUUGUCUCACCAUCAAGUGCAGUUUUCUUCUGUUGAACUGCUGACUUAUUCCGCCACUUUUUGGCUGCUCUUUUCUGCUGAUACCCUGCCACUGAAUAAUUCGUUGCACGUGUUCAUAAAUUACGCAGAUCGUUC